AUGUUAAAGGGGAUGACGGGUGAUUUUUUCUGCGAUGGGAUUGUGUAUUAAUGUUUCAUGGACAAACGCAAAGUGACUUCUAUUCAUGUUUGAUUCGUAGUUGCAGCUAAUGUCAUUUUUUGAGGGGAAUAUUGUCAAACACAGCACUGAAGGAAUGGUGGUUUGUGGCAGCUGGUUUAUAGCUAAUGACUGGAAUGGUGGCUCUUAAAGAUGCAAGGUGUAGGUGAGUUUCUUGUUUCUGAAAAGAAUGCCUGUGAAGAAGAAAGUAUUUUACCAGAUUCUACCACAAACACAACGUCUAGUUUAAUAGAUGAUGGGAAAGGCUAUGAGGACCUCCUGAAAACAUUUUCCAACACCCAUCCUUCACUUCAGACAAUUAAUCCUAGUAGUGAAUCUUUAGUUCAGAAUGGAAGUGUAGGUGGAACCAGUGCUGGUAGAAAACUGUUAGGUAUUAAAUACAAGUCCCUAAAUCCUAACAAAAUUAAGCUGCAGUUAAGAACUUCAGGGGUGAAAUCUUCAACUUUUUCUGGGAAAAAGGUUUGUGUGUAUUGUGACAAAGUGUUUGCUAGCUCCCGUUCCCUUGCAAACCACCGACAUAUUCAUUCUAGGAAACGAAGAUUUACCUGUAAAGUGUGUUAUAAGACCUUCUUACGACGGUAUAGCUUAAGUCAACAUAUGCUUAUCCAUGACACCAGGAUGAAGAUAAUUUGUGAUAUUAAAGGUUGUGAAAAAACCUAUGACACUGAAUGUUCUUUGAAGAGACACAAAGAGAAUCAUCAUCAUUACAUAAAUAAAACAGUUGUUGUGAAACAGAAUAACAGAACUGGAAGAAAAAGGACCUACCCUUCAUAUCAGCUUGUAUCAAACUCUGUCAUUAGUUCAGAAUCAUCAGAAGUGGGUUCUUAUGGUAAUCAGGAGAAAAGUGUUAACAAUAGUGGAGGGCAAAUAGAUUCUAGACUAGCCCCCAUUUCAGUUAUGGGUGUGUCUUUACUUCAGAAUGUUAGAUGUCCAAGUCCUAAACUAAUAAGCCUGACAGAAAAAUGUAUUUCUAGGUCUCGUCAGAAUGGAGGUGACACUGUAUUAAGUGAUAUAAAUGAUAAAGAACAUGGUAUCUUGGAGGAAGAGGGGUAUAAUGUUCCAACUGCAACUUCGUUAACAAGUUGUGAUGCUCUUGUUCCUGUAUCGACUAUACAAGUUCCAGAUUCUACUUCAAGCACUACUUUCAGUUUAUUAUCUGGCAAGAUAGGCCAUGAAACAUUAGAAACAAAUCAAAAAUUGCAUCUUUCACCUCGGACCUCUGGCUAUGGUGUUAGUUCUUCAAAUCGUGAUGACAAUGAAGAUGGAGUUGGUGGUUCUGGAGAGCCACUGGGAAGUCUCAACCAACCAGCAUAUACUAAAAUAAUUAAACUGAAAUCUCGAUCAUCUCUAAAUCGUCUUUAUAAACAACCAUAUAUAGUUUGUAACAAAGGGUCUGCUGAUUCCAGUGCACUCGCAAAAUACAAGCUCAUUCCCAUUGAUGAAAGAAAGUUUGUCUGUCACGUGUGCCAUAGGGCUUUUAUACAACAUAAUCAUUUGAUCAAGCAUAUGUUUAGUCAUCAGUACAAGAAACCAUUUGCUUGUGAUGCAGAAGGUUGUAAAGAAAGCUACAGGAAUAUUACACUUUUAAGGCAGCACAAAGAGAACUAUCAUAAUAUAAAAAGAAUUAUCCAAGCUCCUGAUGCCGUUCCCCCUAAUCCUGAUGAUAUUUCUGCCACUUCAACUAUGAUUUCAGAGACCUGUGGGUUAGAAGUACAAUCUUCAGUAUCACAAUUACAGUUGAUAACAUCCCACCAGGACAAUUCCAAACAAAUUGAAGUCCCAUCAGAUACUGGGAAUAAAUGUGAUAACAGACAAAAUCAGGCACAAUGCAACCCUCAAACUAUAAACCCUGCUGCUUUUGUCAUAGCACAAGAUUAUGGACAGAAUACUCUUUCCUCACAGAACAUAAAUUCAGAACAGACAUUGGAAAAAAGAGAGACUUCAGAAAAUGUUCCAGCUGUGAUCAAAACAAGUGGACAAACAGCUUCUUUACAGCUUCCAGAUCAUCAGAAUCAAAGUCAAGAGGGUAAUUUUUCUCAACAACAUCAGCAGCAACAACCAGGAAUAUUGAAUAGUCAGGAAACUCGGCAACUGUCUCCUGUUGUAUCCAAGUCUCAGGCUUCUCAGAGAAAUACAUCUCCUACAGUUUUAACCAGCCACUCAGUCAACACUGGUGUUGAAACAACACCCAUCCCUUCAGGAGGAAGUCUUUAUCCAUUUCUUCGAGAGCAGACUGUUAUUUCCUCGGUAAUCUCCAAUUUAUUAUCUAAUAAUAGUGCCACCAACUCUCUUCAAAACAUACCAGCUACUCUUCAAGUUCCACAUAGAAAAAAACACUAUCCUCUACUAGAAGAGAUGUUAUCUUCCUCCCAGAUUCUUGAUUUAAACUACACUAAUUUGAUGAAAGAACUAAACCUUACCCAAAAAUCAUUCCAUCCUCAAUCUCAUGGUCAUCAUCCAGUUGAUCAAAUGGCGUACUUGUUUACUCAGGAAAAGCCCUACAAUCAUCCAAAUCAUACAACGACAGACUCAGGAAACAUACUCAACAGAAUCCAGUGUACACCACUUCCUGUUAGUCAAAAUCAUCAGGAUAUCAUGAUUCCAAACAGUAGCAGACAAUUGUUUGGCUCAGAAAUAGAAUCUGCAGCAUCACAGUUGCAGUUUUUAGCAUUUCUCUGUAGUUCAUCUCAAAAAGUUGGAGUUUCAUCAGACUCUGAUAGACAGAAUCAAGGACAAUGUAACCCUCAAACCAUAAAUACAGCUGCCUGCUUAACUGAUGAAAGGCUUAUGGCAAAUACUCUUCAUUCAGAGGACACAACAAAUUCAGAACAGGCAUUAAUAUUACAAGAGACUACAGAAAAUAAUUCAAAUAUAAUUAAGACUGUUCAUGACCCAACUUUCAUACAGCUUUCAAAGUAUCAGAAUCAACAUAAAGAGGUCAGUUCUUCUGAACAUCAACAACAAUCAGGAAUAUUAAAUAGCCAGGAAGUUCGACAGUUGUUUCCUGAUGUAUCUAGUUUUCAGGUUUCUGGAAGAAACACAUCUCCUACAAUUUUCAGUCAUAUGAUCAAGACUGAAGGUGAUGGUAAAACACUCACUACAAUGGAGAUAGACCCUUUGUCAUUUCUUCAGCAACAAGAUCAGACUGCUGUUCAUUCUGAGAGGGCUAGUUCAUUAACCACUUGUAAUGAGACAAGCUUUGUCCCAAACACAUUAACUGCUCCUGGAGGUCCUCUUUUAGAGAACAACACUUCAACACCAGAGGAACAACUGAAUUUUCCCAAUUAUGUUUACUUAGCUCACAGUGGACUAUCAGAAGGAUUGCAGUUUACCCAAGAGGCAUUUCAUCCUCCUUCUUAUCAUAAUGAUCAUUCAUCUAACCAGAAGCCAAAAAGCAUGCCGAAACUCAAACCUAAAAAGAAAAAAAUCAGCAUUGAAGCAAGUCCUUUUGAAUGCACAUUAUGCCACAAAAAGUUCAAGAACAGAUUUGGAUUAAAUGGUCACAUGAAAAUACAUGGUGGAUACAUCGCACAAAGAUGCUGCUAUUGUCUGAAACCUAGACCAAAUGUACAGUGUUCUUACAUCAGAUGCAAAAAAGUAUUUCAUUAUCCUUGUUGUCUUCAGAAUGAUACACUAGGUGAAUUCAUUGGAAAGUUUGACUGUUACUGUAUAGAUCAUCGACCAAGGCAAGAAGUAAGAGAAGUAGAUGAAAGAGGCUCGGAAGUAUCUGAUUUGAUGUGUACUAUCUGUCUAUACCCUGUAGAGAACAAUGUAUCUAAUGAAACGCUUAAAGCACCUUGUUGCACGUAUACAUGGUUUCACAGAACUUGUGUUCAGAGGCUAGCCCUGAGUGCAGGGUGCUUCUUCAAGUGUCCUGUGUGUAACAACAAAGAUCUAUUUAAUAUGGAGAUGUGUAAACAUGGCAUUCACAUACAAGAACAGAAUGCCUCUUUGGAACACGAAGAAAAUACCUUUGAAGAACUUAGAAUAAGGUAUUGCCAGUGUGAUGCAGCAUAUUGUAUUUGUCCAAAAGGAAGAAACUUCAACUCAAAAGGAAGUGAAUGGGAGAUUUUAGUUUGUAGGACUUGUGGAUCUCAAGGUUCUCACCUUAUUUGUAGGGAUCCUAAGUAUUCAAAAUCCUGUUGGGAAUGCCCUGGAUGUGUAGCUGUAACUGAAAAAUUGAAAAAUAGAACAUCUGAAACUAAAUCCAACAAUAUAAAUGACAAUGAAGAAGUAGAAGCAACUGGGGAAAGUAGCUCUUCAGAAUUUGCCCAUAGCAUUUUGUUAGAACAGAACAAAAAGAAAGCAGAAAAUUUGGAAGAAGAUUCUGCCGAAUUAAAAAAAUCCAGGAAAGAAAGAGAUGAUGUGACAUCACCAACAACUGACUUGGGCAUAAAAAAAGAAAAGAUGCUUGAGUGUGAAGUAAAACUAGUUCGUUUAGAAGAUCUGUUUCAUCAUCACCAGAGAAAUCUUCCAGCGAUGUAUUUUCAAGAUGACAGUUUCAAGAAAAAAACAAAUGUAAGUGAAGGAAAGAUUUCUGAAUCUCUUCAUGCCAGUAGACAGGUUAUAGAUAAUGAUAAACUUAGUCCACCUGAAGUAGUUCAGAAAGGUUCAACAAACUUGUCAUUAGAUAAGGGUGCCAACAUUGAGCACUGGAGCAACCCAUGGAAGGACUUUAAUGAUGUUAAUUUAACCUCCAAUAAACCUGUCUUCUUUCAGAUAAAUCAUGGAGUAAACCCUGACAUGUAUCGUUUGGAUAUACUCAUGAGACAAGGUGAUGGCAAACCCCCAGUUAAGUUGGGGUUUCGUAAUCUUUUAGUUCCAUCAGUGCAUGCUAAUGAUACAAACCAACAAACAUCAAUAGUAACAUUGGAGCAAUUACUUAGUGAUUUAUUAACUAGAACUGAUGAUACAAACCAAAGCGAUUGUUCCUCUUCAUCGAGGGAAGUAAGAGGUUUUAAACCUAAUACAGAGAAAAAGUUAGUACAUGAACCUACCUCAAAAUCUUCAUCUUCCAACAGUAAAAAUUACCUUAAAGAGUCACAUUCGUCUACAAAUGUGGAACAUUAUCACAGUGCAAUUCAUCAUUUAGCUUACAACCAAGGAAGUAAAUUAGAAAAGCAAGCACAUGAUCAUGACAUACCACCAACCUCCGAAAACAAAGUGCAUCCAGAAACAAAGCACAUGUCACAUAAAAGUUUCUUAUCAAAAGACAGUAGAAAGAAAAAACUACUUGUAAGUAAAGUACAUGAUAUUACAGACUCUUUGUCUAGUGAUGUUCAACUCAGUGAUAAACCAGUAGAUAGCAACAGUAGAUUAGAAUACACCACUCAGAGUAAACACGUUUCCUCAGUUAAAGAUAAGUCUCGGGAUAACUCUGAUGCAGAAUGUUUGUCCCAAGAUACUGUGGUAGAUGAUAACUCAGUCUGUGGUGUAACAUCAGAAAAUGAAGACCACUAUUGUAUGGCAACUCCUCAGAGUAUUCGUGCAAAUUCUGCACUGACUGAAAGUGUGACUACAUGUAUGACUUCAGAUGUAUUGAAAACAGCAGAAUAUGAUACAAGUAAAAAAAAUCUUACAGUUUUUGAAAUAAGCAACAGUAUAGGUAGUUUUCAUAACAAAGAUCAAUCUGUAAUCAAGCCAAAAGAAAUUGGCUUCUUUAACUCUGCUGUUGAAGCUCAGAAAAUAACAGAAGUAGACAAAGUGGAUUUACAAAAUACCGAUAAGUCCGUAAGCCAGAUGCAUCAUUUGAUUUUUGAACCAUAUAAAUAUACAAGUGGCAUUCAUGGUCAAGACCAGCCAGUGAUGGGGUCACAAGAAGUAGCUAUCUUCCAUUCUGAAGAUGAAACUCAACAAGCAACAGAGGCAAACAACAUGGAACAACAAAUUACUGAAGAAUUAACAAGUAAUUAUUUAGUCCAUUCAGAAAAUAGUCCUGUCGGUACCACUGAAAACAUAGAUCUACCACAAGACAUCGUUCUUGCCCAUGAUUCAAAUAAAGCUCUACAAGUGACUGAGGUAGAUACGAUGGAAUUGCAAAAAACAUUUAAACCUACAAACCAAAAUUAUUGCAUGGUUUUUGUAAAAAAUAAUAAUAAUGGUACCUUUCAAGAUGAUGACUUACCAAUAAUUGUACCACAAGAUCUUAGUCUCAUUCAUCCUACUCAUGAGGAAGAUAGAAUGGAAUUACAAAACACAAAUAGAUCAACAAGCAAGAAUGAUUGUGUAUUUGUUAGAGGAGGUAACUACAAGUGUACUUCUCAAGAUGAAGUUCAACCAAUAAUUGUACCACAAAACCUUAAUCUCAGUGAUUAUUCACCUCAAACUGAGGUAAGUAGAAUGGAAUUUGAAAAAGCAAAUAAAUCGGCAAGACAGAAUGAUUACAUGGUUGUUGCAGAAAAUAAUAAUAAGUGUACCUUUCAAGAUGAAGACCUGUCAGUAAUUGUACCACAAGAUAUCAGUCUCAUUCACCCUGCUCUUAAAACUCCACAAAUAACUGAGGCAGAUGAUAUGGAAUUAAAAAAAGCAAAUAAAUCAGGAAGCCAGAAUGAUUACAUGAUGGUUGCAGAAAGUGCUAAUAAUUGUACUUUUCAGAAUGAAGACCUGCCAGUAAUAAUUGUACCACAAGAUAUCAAUCUCAUUUCAUCUGCACUUGAAACUCAACAAAUAACUGAGGCAGAUAAAAUGGAAUUACAAAUUACUAAUGUGUAUUCGCUAACAGAUUCUUUGGAAGAAACAAGUGAAUCAGGUCAAAUGGUUGAAGAUAUUUUGUACACUAGACAAUCUGAAGAAUCAAGAGCACCUAACCCACGUGACUUGAGAACACCAAGCCCUGUUUUGUUUGAAAUCUAUAGCAGUGAUGAAAGUGAUUGUGUUAUUCUCAGUGACUCCGAAACUCAGAAUAAAGACAAGUAGUGUGACACCAGAGCUUUGAGAUGAUGGCCACUAUCUCUCUGUAGCAAUUAUAUAUAUAUAUAUAUAAAAGUGGCAUCUUUUUACUUUUGUCAGAAUUCCAGAGCUAGUGAGUAUUGGAUGACUAUAUUAGAAAUUACUUUAAAUGUUGGCUGUAGAACUUGGUAGUCCUGAUAGCGACCAAAAUGUAUGACUCACUUUGAUUAAAUUAUCUGUUUUACUCUGA